AGUAUAUAAAAAGACAGGCCUGUCAACGGAUCACGUUUUGUGGACACGAGCCUUGUCCACGCAAAAAGUUCUUCAGGAAAAAAUUCAAAAUGGAGGCCGCAAUAUUGACAACGUCCUAUUUUCAAUCAGCAGUUCUCUAUUCACUGGUUGCUAUCACUACGAUCUUGUUCACCAUUUACUUCUAUAUCGAAAGUUCACGGGCAGUUCGGUUAGCCCAUAAGUUACCAGGUCCGAAACCAAUUCCAAUAUUAGGAAAUGCAUUAAUUACUCUCGGUGUGCACCCGGAUGACAUGAUGGGCACGCUGAUAAAAAAUAAUGUCUACGGACCUGUCGUUCGCGCUUUCCUUGGUCGGAAAGUUGUGGUUGCCAUAUAUCAUCCUCGCGACGUUGAAGUUAUUCUAAGCAGCACGGUUCAUAUCAACAAAGCUCCAGAAUACAGGUUCUUCAAGCCAUGGCUGGGAGAUGGACUGUUGAUCAGUUCAGGUGAAAAAUGGAGAACGCACAGGAAGAUCAUAGCACCAACUUUCCAUCUGAACGUGUUAAAAUCAUUUGUUCCAUUGUUCUACGAAAACAGCAAAGACUUAGUGAUUCGUUUACGCGAUAUAGUGGGGAAAGAAUUCGAUUGUCACGACUAUAUGGGAGCAGUGACAGUUGAUAUUUUAUUGGAGACAGCGAUGGGACUAAGGGAGUCUGAGAAACAGAAAUCUGGAUAUGAAUACGCCGUGGCUGUGAUGAACAUGUGUGAUAUAAUUCACCGUCGCCAGUACAAUGCGAAUCUGCGAUUCGACACGCUCUUCAAUUUAUCAAAGUUUUCGGAAAUACAAAAAGAGCAACUCGGUAUCAUCCACAAUUUAACGUCGACUGUUAUUCGGAAGAAGAAGGAAGCAGCUUAUAAAAAAGUCUGCUCAGAAAUUGAAGACACUACAAAGUCGAACCAAAAUGCAAAUUUGAAUGAAAUCAAGCAGGAAGAUAAAUCCGGCGGCAUCAAGAAGGAAGAAACUACAAAACUACACUACGUCAGGGACGAUCUCGACGAAAUCGACGAGAAUGACGUCGGUGAGAAGAAGAGAUACGCCUUCUUGGAUCUUCUACUGGAGAUUAGAAAAACUGGCGCACCGUUAACUGACCAGGAAAUUAAGGAGGAGGUAGACACUAUAAUGUUUGAGGGGCACGAUACCACUGCUGCUGGUUCCAGCUUUGUUCUAUGCGUGCUCGGUAUUCAUCAAGAUGUCCAGCAACGAGUAUACGAGGAGCUAAAUCAGAUUUUCCAAGGAUCCAAUCGCCCUUGCACUUUCCAAGAUACUUUAGAAAUGAAAUACCUGGAACGAGUCAUCCUUGAAACUUUACGACUUUUCCCGCCGGUGCCUGCCAUUGCUAGACUACUCAAAGAAGACGUCAAAAUUGUUACGAACAACUACGUGUUACCAAAAGGUUGUACAGUAUUAAUUCCACAAUUCCUGAUACAUCGGUUAGAAGAAUUUUAUCCAAAUCCUGAUGAAUUUAACCCCGAUAACUUCUUACCGGAACGGAUGCAAAGUCGGCAUUAUUACGCCUUCGUUCCUUUCAGUGCUGGUCCAAGGUCGUGCGUGGGAAGGAAAUAUGCGAUGUUAAAGUUGAAGGUUUUAUUGUCGACAAUCCUGCGGAACUACAAGAUCCUGUCGGAUCUCACAGAAAAGGACUUCCGGCUGAAGGUUGAUAUUAUUCUCAAGAGGGUGGACGGCUUCCGAAUAAAAAUUGAGCCGCGAAACAAAGGCAAUUCAGGAGUUCGUAUUUGAGAUGGAGUCCUUUAAAACUCCAAAUGAUAUAUUCGUUAGUGGAUUGGUGGAUAUGCAAAUGAACAGAAUCGCAUUGUUUAGCGAUCUGAAUACCGUGCGAAGCAAGAUUUACCAUAGUUCCUAAUUUAUUUUUCAUAUUCUUAUCGAAUUCUGCAAAAUUUAUCUGGAUCUAUAUUAAUAAUUAAUGUUUAAAGCUUAUGUCGUCUAAGACAUAAAAUAUGUAUGUUACACUGCUACGUAAUUAUUGAAAUAUAUUUGUGUGUGAUACUUGUAUAAUACUAAAUAAAUUGCUUUUAUUAUCUUAA